ACAGAUUUUUCCUCAGAACCAGCGGCCAACACGAGUGUUCUGAGCUGCCUCGUUGCACGACCUUGUGCCUAGGGCUUUGCCGCCUUGGUGUAGCUAUGGCAUACGUCAUCAGCGGAGGUCUAGAUCUGUAUUUCCGCAACCCGUACGCCAAUCUUACCACUUUUCUUCUAUUCUCCGGUUCAUACAUAUACCUUUCGAUCAGGGCUAGGCAUAUGUCAGAAUCGCUACCUUGGCUGCCUGGUUAUUACAUUGUAUUCACAGCGAUCUUGAUUAUGGCUUCUAUCGCAUUGAUGGUGGUCGUAAUUUUUCCACAGAAGGGUGUAGCAUCUAUUGCCAGCUGGCUGCCUUUGGCGUUUUGUUUGAUUCACCCAAGAACAAUUCAUAGCUUCCAAGCCACGAUAAAGAACACGCACGAGACGAUGAAAUACAUAUACCAGGUCAUUCAGCGUAGAACACCAAUACCGGAAUCGCGUUCACCGUAUGAUUGGAGAGGUAACACGCAAGCUCAAGAAAUUAGAUGGGAGGGAAGAGAGGAGAUUAUACAACAGCUGUGUAUUCUCUUCGAUUAUAAGAGUGACAAGAGAACCUGUAACAUAGUUUUCAUAACUAUGAAAGAGGGAGACAGGCUGUUGUUCAGCAAGAGUGUGGAGUACUCAGAAAUUCUUAAAUUUCCGUCCACAAAAGACUUUCUAACUGCUUGUACCGACGGCACCAUAGACGACUCUACGCUCAGGAGUCGUAUUCAGAAUUGGAAUUCUGGAAACUUCAAGGUUGCUGAUUUCUCUAAGCUUUUAAUUGAGUUGAAAUGCCUCUACAAUAGAAUCGUAGCACCUGUGACGCCGGUAAGUAGCGUAUAGGUUGCAAGGCUCAUCAUUGUUGUAUAUACGUACUCUUUCAUUUCUCCAUGCUAUCAAACCAGAUAUUCAACCUGUUUUAGAUG